UAAAAAAAAAUGAAAAGAAAAUUUCCUGCUAGACAGCCACUGCUUGAAUGUCACUCAAAAGAAACCCUGUCAGUAUAGUUGCUGAGUUUUGUCUCCAUAUUUACGUUGUUCAAAAAAGAAGAAAAAUGGUAGUGUAACAAUUUCCUUUUUCCGGUGCCAUUGUCUUUUCAAGUUGUUGUCUCGCCACUAUGGUGGGUCAUUGUGUUAAGACAGUUUCGCCACGUCACGCUUUUACAUUGGGAAUGAAAAAGACCACAAAAAAAACUGAAUUAUGGUUCAUCAUGUGAUCACGUCAAGCGUGAAAGUUUUCGUCAAAUCACCAUGUCUUCUCCGUUCUGGGGCUGUGGCAUUGGCCUAUAUUUGAAAAAGGUUAUAUCUUCCGUGCCAUCUAGCGGUGUUGGGGCCAAGGACACGGAUGUCAAUGUUAUUUUUUUGUUCGUCUUUGACGGCUUCGCUGUUCGCUCUCCAGACUUGACUGAACUCUCUCUCUCUCCCUCUCGUGUCUGACUCUCUCCCCAAUCUCCCAUCUCGGCGUGAGAGAGGGGUGUGCAUUUUCUGCAUACUAUUUAUAGAGUCGAGUUCGAUUUUAUCGUCGGCGUUGGCGUCUGAAAAAGUCGACACGUUUUCAAAAGCUUUUGUGAUGUCGUCCUAGUUGACGUGUGUCUGUUUAGUCCCGUCGCUUCCCUUCGUUGUUCUUGCACGUUUAAUCAAUUGAGCAGCCGACCACAGCAACGUUUGCAGUCGAAACACAUUCGGAACCGGGACAGGAGCUGAUGUUCCUUCAGAAAUGCUGUCCAUGGAGACGGCACUUUCCUCACCUAAUUCAACCAUUGAUGUGGACAAGCCACGGGCCCCAAGGUUUGAAGCAUAUGUAAUGACCGGGGAUGCAAUACUCAAUCUGUCCAGGACAACCCACAGUCCAGAAUACUUGCCAGUUCAUUCCAAGAGAAGGUCAGUCCAGCAGCAGCCAUCCAGUUCCGUACCUACUAGCCCAAGUGAACAGGCACUUAUUCAUCCAACUAAACCUUGGGAACCUGAAACUCCUGCCAAAACUCCUGUUUCUACUGCUACCAUCAGGAGUUCCAAGUCAGAAGAAGCACUUAUCCUUAAUAUGGAAGAAGAAAAAUCCAAGAAAAUUAUAGAGGAAAGAACAUCGUCACAGAGUUCACUAGGAGAAGGAAUUACAGAGUCUGAAAGAAUAGUGUGGACCUAUAAUGCCCCUCUAUCUAGCAUGACUGAAAAGGAAUUACGUCGCUAUGAAGCAGAUCAAUUCUGGCUCAGCACAAGGUCUGAAUCAUCUUCCAAACAAAUAAAACAGAUUAUCAAAGUAGAAGAAACCAAGGAAGUGAAGGAAGAACACGUCACUUCAUAUUCAUGUGAGGUGGCUGAUACAAGAUUAGGUUGUGAUACCCAAAAUGGCCCAUCAGUGGCUUCCACAGUGGUUGUUCAAGAGCCAAUGAAAUUAGGACAGCCAGAAGUGGAAAGCAACGGUGAAAUACAAAAAGAAGACGAUAAUCCAGCCAAUAAUCCUGCCCGGCCUCCGUUGGCUCGAACGCCAACCGACGAGGAAAGCGAUGCAGACAGCCUGCAAUCGGUUCAUUAUAGCCCCAAAGGUGUCGAUAUGCCAUCGGCUAUUCGCCUGGCCAAACGGUUGUACUCUCUGGAUGGAUUCCAAAAAUCUGAUGUCUCGCGUCAUCUGUCCAAGAACAACGAUUUCAAUAGGACUGUGGCUGAAGAAUAUUUAAAACAUUUCGACUUUGAAGGCACCACGCUGGACGUGGCCCUACGCCGUUUUUUGCAGGCGUUCCAAUUGACAGGCGAAAGUUCAGAACGUGAUCGCGUUCUCGUACACUUUUCACGUCGCUAUCUACAAGCCAAUCCUGAUAGUUUCUCCUCGCAGGAUGGCGUUCACAUCUUAACCUGUGCCCUCUUGCUGCUCAACUCGGACCUACACGGGAAGCAUCAAGGUAUGAAACGGAUGACGUGCGCUCAGUUCAUCAAGCGACUAUCGGGACUAAAUGAUGGCGGCAAUUUCCCCGUCGAUCUCCUACGCCGCCUCUAUACCGCUAUCAAGGAUCAACCUUUAGAAUGGGCUUCAGACAGCCCACAAGGACCAAGUCCUGGUGACUUAGAGCCCUUGGAAAUUAUUCCGUCUCCCGCUGCCAAAGAACUGUCGGCCAACCCGUAUCUGGACAUUCCGAAUCCAACACAAAGCCAAGAGUUCAAAAAAGGCUACAUCAUGCGGAAAUGCUGUAUGGAACCCAAUGGCAAGCGGACUCCGCUGGGAAAACGCAGCUGGCGAAUGUAUUUUGCUGUGCUGAAAGAUUUAGUUCUUUAUCUCUACAAAGACGAGGCCACUUGUAAAGGUGAACAUCCACCUAAAUCGUCCACAAUGCGGUCUAAGAAAGCUGUUCCCGAUGCCGGACCUGCCGCCAUUAUUCGUGUUCAUCAUUCUCUGGCCGCUAGUGCUCCGGACUAUACGAAAAAGAAGAACGUCUUCCGACUCUUUACAGCCGAUCGCGCUCAGUACCUUAUCCAAGCCAGCGAUACCAAAGAGUGGCGUUGUUGGAUGGAUGCUCUUAACACGGCAGCUUCAUUACUCUCCGCCCCUCCAUUGGCAGCUCCAUGCGGUUCUCAGCAGCGUUUCGAACGCCCUUUGCUUCCAGCUAGUUUGACAAAAUUGUCGGCAAGGGACCAGCUGAUGGAUCACGAAGAGCGUGUCGCUCAAUUGGAGCAAGAUUUACAUGAACAUCGAGCCAAUCCGCCGUCAUCCAAAGCGAAAUCUGUCCAUGUAAACUGUUACAGAGAAAAAGACGCUUACCUGCACUUUGAGAAAACCCGUUAUGAGGCUUACAUAGCAGUUUGCGGUGGACUUCAAGCGGCGCUGGCCGGUUCCACCGUCAGCCGUGACAUUUCUUUGUUGGAGUUGGACGAGUCGCCGUGCUCCGAUUCGGGUACGACCAGUCCCGAUUUGAAACCGAACGACCAGGAAUUUUCCGCGCGUUUGUAA